ACGAUGCAAUGAGUGAAGAACAACGAGGAAGGUCCGCACCCCCGGGUGUUGGACCUGCGUUCAGCCCCGCCGAUGCUGCAUCCCAAGCUGACCUGGAUGGUCGUGACUCUCCCUCAUCCUCCUUCAUCGACGACAACGACAUGCCNCCCACCAAACCCGGCCUCUGGUUGCUGAAGACUAAGGCAGAGGCUCGUGCCUCGACUGCCACUGUCCAGGCAUGGACGAUAGAGUUGCCAUCCAGAGCUGCUAACACCGUCCUGNNGGGUAUGUUCUGCUUUGUUUGCGCGCUGUGCUUCAUCUCGCUGACUUUCCUGCCCAGUCUCAUCAAGGACAACGUCCCUGAUCUCGAUGCUAUCGACCUACAGCACAUCCGUCGCUUCGCAAAGGCCCGCUUCCUGCCCACUCACCUCAUCCCCGAGACGACCGCCGUCAGCCGCAGCAGAAGUGGCAGCGAGCAUCACGCCGAUGGCUCCUCUCGUGGCUCAUCUCGCUCACGCUCAUCGCGCAACAAACGUCGGGGUAGUGUCCCGGCCACACUGCACCUGAUCGUUAGUCCCGUCAGCUGCAUUGGCGAAGACGCCCUUACCGAACUCCUCCUUGCCAGCCCUCCCUUCGUCGACGACGGCUUUCCUCUUCUUCUCAGAGAGGUCACCCUUCCUCUUCUGCCCCCCACCAGUGCUGAGCAAGCCGAGCAGUGGUCUCAACAGUACUGGCCAACCAUCUACCGCAAGACCAACCCCUUCGGCCCUCAUCCUAGCAUCAUCGGCCGUGCCGAGGAGGAGGUUCUGUCUAACAACAACGUACCUCGCCUCAUGGAGAUGGCCAANAAGCUCAACCAGGACAUGGCUGCCCUGGAUAUCAACAAGCCUUCUCACAAGCCCGCUCCUGGUGCUCCCAAGUUCGUUGACAAGACUCUGCUUGACUACCCCUUGACGCCCAUGGAACGCAAGGCCUUUAACAAGGACAACCUAAUCCCCGACGGCUACCUCUGCGUUGAUCUUGAGAUCUACCUCACUCACGAACCUUGCGUCAUGUGCACUAUGGCCAUCUUGCACUCACGCUUCGCUCGCUGCGUCUUCGGCAUCCGUAUGCCUAAGACUGGCGCUCUGACAGCUGAUGGAGGCGGUCUCGGCUAUGGACUGUUCUGGCGUCCCGAGCUCAACUGGAAGUUCUUGUGCUGGGAGUGGAAGGAGAAAGACCCAUAUGAUGGCGACAACCACUUGCACCUCUUCCUCGACAAGAAGACUCAGGUC